UUGUAUCAUGUGCGCCACCAUUUGUCAGAUACCAGUUCAAUCAAUAGUUUUAUUAGAUUACAUUGAUUUAAUAAUAAGUGGGUUCCCAGUAAUGGUCGGCUGUAGCGGCUUGUCUUUCUCUGGAAAAAUGUACUGUACUAUGUCUCUUUGAAAGCAUGCAGAAUAAAAUUGUGCGUUUAUGUUCAUGCAAAAUCUUUGAUGGCAUCAGAAUUCUCUUCUUUUUUUUCUGUUCCUUUUGCAGUCAUCGUUCACAAAAUGGAUAUUGGUUUUAUUUCAUUUUUACGGACCAGUAAAACCAUGCAGCAAAGAAACAGAAACACACAAUAUGAAUUGAGAUAGUUGUUCUUGUGCCAUCCGCUUUCACUUAUCCCUCUUCUAAAUACAUAACGGAAGUUAAACAAAACCCAAGACAUCUUGUUUUGGUGCAUAAAUAAGGUUUUUUGUUUGCAAUGCUUUAACUUUUGUCUUUUUGUCUACUUUGCAUGAGGCUCUCGCUUCGUGCAACGAAUAAAUGGGACAUGUACCUUCACUACCCUCAAAUGCUGAAAGAACAAAUUGCCAUAGCCAUUUGUUAACAAUAAGUUUCUGUGGAUUUUUAUGGUUGUCAAAGGGUGCUUGGAAGCAGAUAUUGUGAGUUUAAGGAGGAGUGUGCAUGUUACUUUCUAUAAAUGCCAGAGGGCACUAUUUGACUGUGACUGAAACUUAGCACUAAAGGAAAAAAGCUGGUGUGUUUCUUACAACCAUGUGCAGUGCUGGACUUUUGCUUUUACAAAACAGAUUCUCCCGAGCAGUGCAGGAUAGAAGCUUUUUUCUUUUCUCUUUUUUCCUUUUUGACUUUUCCCUUUGGCUUCAUCAAUACUGAAAUGUGUCUAAAGUUGGCAAAUUUCGUUUUUCUGGUGUGAAAAUAUUUUUAACAGCAUUAUAAGUGAACGUUUUUGUGAUUUUUAAUGCUGGACAAGGGCAGUUGUGACAGAAUCUGGGUUGACAAAUGGUCUGAAGAUAACAUCAGUCUUAAUUUUUUUGCGGCAAUUAAGUUGCAGGUGAAGUGUCUGUAUAUGCUUAUAUUCCUGAGCUUCCCGCUGGUAAUGGCUGAGGUGCCUGGUCCAUGCAGACACUCAAUCACUAGGGAGCACCUGCUGACAGUCAAGCAGUUGAUGGAUAACCAGUUGAGCAGUGGUUGCUCAAUAACCUACACAUUCACAGAGAGGAGAAGUUUGAGCAAAUGUUGUUUUGUGAAGGCUGCCUUGCCCUGGAUCUUGGAGCUGCUAACAACCAACUUCAAGUAUAAACGAGGUUCUGUAAAUGAUGGCUAUGUGCAGUCUUUAAGAGCUCUCAUCCUCAACAUUUAUUCUCAGAAAUGCGUGCCACAGAUUAAUGAAGAGGUUGAGAGUAAGCCAGAGAGCUUUGAGGUCCUCCACAAAGGGUCUCCUUCAGAAGCACUUCAGAAAGCUUCAGAGGUGUUGGCCAUAUACUGGGAACUGGUUACGACCAGCGACUCACCUGUUGACUGGAGAUGUGAACAGGAAUACACAGAAAGUUUUGGAUCUACCACAGAGCCGCCCUUUGAGUCAUCUUCACAUUAUUUUACAGAGAGUUACAGUAGGAACUUUGUCAGAGCCUCUCACAGAAGACCAGUCAGAGAUUUUUUCAAGCUUGGCUUCAUCAUCGCAUCAAUCUCUGGAGGGCUGCUUUUCAUUGUAAUUCUCUUCUGUCUCAUCAUACACAAGGUAUGGGCAAAUACACAUUCUGUAAAUGUGCUGUAAAAGGUUUGGCUUUACUUUCCAUCUGUACUGUUGUGAAGCAUGCUUCAGCAAGGCUUCCUCUCUGGGCUUUUUCUAGUUAAGACAAAACACGUUGUUUUAUGAAGGUAUGGAUGUGCUGUUUUGCAAAGUAUUUGCAUGACGGCUCAAAAUGCAAAUACUGUAUUUGCUGUUUCUUUUCCCUCCAAAGCUUUUUUAAUUCAAACAUGGACUACAUUUUU